GAAGAUUGCCGAAGAAUGUCGAGGAGGAGUUCGUGCCUUGUACAGGUUGUUCGGGUGGUGUCGUUGGAUCGAGUGUUGACACGCAACGUCAUUUCGUCGCGCCUCCACCACACACCGGUUCGGUGCGAUGAUAAAAGACCGUUGCUCCUGCGACUGUUCAGUUGUUCGCAACGUGGAACGCAAUCUAGUGUACGCCUCUCGAGAAAGCUUCUCACGCCGUUCGCUAUACAUCGACUUUCAUUCAGAAGUUACUCUUGCAAGAAAGAUCAGGACAAGAUGACGCCCCCCAAGAGAGAUCCGGCUGCAGAGCAGCUGAACGAAUACAAGAAACAUGCCGAGGUAUCGUGCCCAGUAUUGUUAACCGGAAGUGGCCAAGCAAUUGCUGACAAAACAAAUAGUUUGACGGCGGGUCCACAUGGUCCCUUGUUGAUCCAGGAUUAUGUCUUUCUCAACGAACUGUCGCAUUUCGACAGAGAAAGGAUUCCGGAGCGUGUUGUACACGCGAAAGGAGCUGGUGCAUUUGGUUAUUUCGAAGUUACCCAUGAUAUCUCCAAGUAUACUAAGGCGAAGGUUUUGACCAGCAUUGGUAAAAAAACGCCCAUCGCCGUGAGAUUCUCCGCCGUAAGCGGUGAAAGCGGUUCGACAGAUACGGUCAGGGACCCCCGUGGUUUCGCUGUUAAAUUCUACACCGAGGAGGGUAUCUGGGACUUGGUGGGCAACAACACGCCGAUCUUCUUCAUCAAGGAUCCACUGAUGUUCCCCAGUUUCGUUCACACUCAGAAGAGAAACCCUGUCACCCAUACAAAGGACAGCGACAUGUUCUGGGACUUCCUUUCACUGAGACCGGAGUCGACGCACCAGGUCAUGUUCCUGUUCUCGGACCGCGGUAUUCCCGAUGGUCAUCGCCACAUGGACGGUUUCGGUUCGCACACGUUCAAGCUCGUGAACGCCCAGAACGAAAUACAUUAUUGUAAAUUUAUCUACAAGACCGACCAAGGAAUCAAGAAUAUUCCAGUCGAAAAAGCGACACAAUUGAGCGGUACGGAUCCUGAUUACUCCCUCAAGGAUCUUUAUAAUGCAAUCGCGUCUGGCAAGUUUCCGUCCUGGACGUUCUACAUUCAAAUUAUGACUCCCAGCCAAGCAAAGACCUUCAGAUGGAAUCCAUUCGACGUGACCAAGAUCUGGCCGCACAAGGAAUUCCCGCUCAUCCCUGUUGGUAAGCUGGUGUUGGACCGAAAUCCUGACAAUUACUUCGCUGACGUGGAACAGCUGGGCUUCGAUCCGGCUCAUAUGGUGCCUGGCAUUGAACCGAGCCCUGACAAACUGCUGCAGGGUCGUCUGUUCGCUUACGGUGACACUCAAAGAUAUCGUCUAGGUCCGAAUUAUCUCAAACUUCCAGUUAACUGCCCAUUCAAGAAAUUUAUGGUGUCCAACUACCAACGGGAUGGCGACAUGUCAGUGUACAAUCAAAACGGCGCGCCGAAUUACUAUCCCAACAGUUUCAAAGGUCCGAAAGAAUGCCCGGCAGUGCGUUCUCCAAGUUAUCCUAUGAGCGGCGACGUGGAUCGCUUCCAGCCUGUAAACGAAGACGAUUUCGGACAGGUUACCACUUUCUGGAGAGACAUUCUAAACUCCGACGAGAAGUCAAGACUGGUGAAGAAUUUGGCAGAUAAUCUUAGCCACGCGUCGCCGUUCAUCGUCGAAAGAGCGGUGAAGAACUUCACCGCGGUGGACGUAGACCUUGGCAAAAGAUUGACGGAAUGCCUCAAGGAAUCCGGUGUUAAUAUCAGUGCUUUAGGCCAAUCAGCCAAUUUGUGAAGAGUGAUACGCGAAACGUAUCCUUACUUUUAAUUAUAUUCACCAUUAUUUUACUAUUAUUUCUAUACACUAUGUAAUUAUUAUUAUUGUGCACGAAUAAAGAACAUAUUAUUAUCAUUA